AUGGAGCUCUUCUCAGCAGCAGCACCAGCAGCAGCAGAUUUAUCGCUUCAGAUCAGCUCGCUCGAAGCCACAGCAUCAAGUUGGAGAAAGCCAGGUGAUGACAACAUGGAAUUAGGGUUUCGGUGCAGGAACUUGGACUCGACCACCACAACCAACAAGAACAGAACCGCUGCAUCAGCAGCCAGAGCCACCGCCUCUGAGCUCUCCUUGGCAAACCCAAGAGCCGCGGUCUCCGCCACCACAAGCAAUGACACCUUCCACCGUUCUCAACCUCGCCACUAUCACCACCACCUACAAUACGAUCACCUACAAUACCACCACCACCAUCCGCUACAUCACCAAGAGCAGAGCUGGCUGGAGCCCAUAACGGGCAUCCCAAUCUACCAACACCCACCUUUCUUUCCUGCAGUCGCCCCGCAUCAGCAGCAUCACCUGUGUGGAUCUCCUUCCUCCUCCAAUCAUGCUUUAACGCACUUGGUGGCGAGCCAAGGCUUGUCGAGAUCGAGAUAUCUGCCGCCGCGGUUCCCUGCCAAGCGGAGCAUGAGAGCGCCGAGGAUGCGGUGGACUACCACACUCCACGCCCGCUUUGUGCAUGCUGUGGAGCUGUUGGGAGGCCACGAGAGGGCGACGCCCAAGUCAGUUCUAGAGCUCAUGGAUGUGAGAGAUCUUACCCUGGCUCAUGUGAAAUCUCACUUGCAGAUGUAUCGAACUCUGAAGAACACCGAUAGACCCGCAGUUCCAUCAGGUUCAAAUGCUUUGUCUCUUACAGUUCUUGCCUAA